GGCAUUAUUUUUCGGAUGAAGUUGUUCAACGGAAUACUGCUUAAUCAAAUAGCUAUCGAUCAUUUUCUUAAUUCUGAGUGUUCUCCGAACUUUCAUCGAAUGCGAAAUAUUAGCAGUAAAAUUCAACCAAAUAUUAAUCCACCAUAAAAUACACAAGCAUAACUCAAAAGUGAAUCACAAACACCGAAAAAGUGCAAAAUUUUUACUUUCUCAUACAGUGGAUAUAAAAUUAAAUUAGAUUUUAAUUCCACGGUAAAAAUAGUAUGCUUUAUAGAUAGAUCGUUUUUAUUUGCUAAAAGUAAUGUAUUGUUAACUAUUUGUAUAACACAUAAAACAUAAGCAGCAACAGUACCAUGAUCGAUGGACACUAAAAAGAUUUGUUUGCUAGAAAUGUUGAAAAGAACGCGUGCCCAACGGAAAAUAUAUCCGAAUGAUACCAACAUUGACCAGUUUCCAGACAGUAUCCUUUUGGAGAUAUUCCGUCGUCUUCCACGCUAUGCUGUUUUGCCGGCUACGCUGGUUUGUCGUCGUUGGUGUGUAUUGAUUAAUUUAAGCUCCUUACUUGACUCGUUUACCCUUAAAGUUUGCCCCAAAAAGAACGAAGAUUUAUGUCUCGAAUACGAGUACUAUCUAAGCCGAUCGGAACGAAAGUAUCGCAAGGCAGAUGUUGUGAUCUAUGGGCAACAUUCGUUCCUCGUUGCUGUUAUUGCUCUGCGUAGAUUAGGUCAGCAUUUGACCGAACUGAAACUUACACUCGAUCAGUGCAACUAUCCGACUUACUUUCAGCGUCAUUUCGAGCGAAUGAAAGAACUCGAAAUGGGUUUGGAAGAGUAUGAACAGAUGUUAUGGGAACAGGAGGUGGAUAGCUACGACCGUUGCUUGAGACCUAUAGCUACGCCAAAGGAAGAGGAUGUACUGAAACAGCCUGAGCCUGAAGAAACGAUUCAGGAAUAUCGUCGAAUAGAGGAGGUUUUUCUGUCGUUUGUUUAUCGACAUUGCUGUGGACUUCAAAAGUUAAUAAUAAAACAAAUAAGAAGCCAUUGGGAUGUCCGGACUAAGGUUCUUUUAUACGAAGGUGUAGAGAUGGAACAUCUGGUUGAGUUAGAAGUCUGUGGAACAGGUUUUAUGAUUUUAGCGGACAGUCCUGAGCUAAAAAGUCUUACAGUGCAAGGAGUUACAACCGGUGUUUCAUUCUACUAUGGAUUGCGACACGCUUUUCCAAAACUGAAACAGCUUGAAAUUGUCAACGAUUACCUGUUCGAUGACCAGUGUCUUUGGGCAAUCUCCAGACGUUGUACGCAACUUGAGGAAUUGUCAUUGUCUUUCAUACACAGUACCGUAAGUCAGCAAGCAUUCCGAUAUAUUCAACGAUUGAAACGACUAAAGAAGCUGUCGAUUUGCCUACAAGGCCCUUAUCAUCAUGCUGAUUUCGCAUUCGCAGACUGGCCAAAAUUGAAAAUUGAGAAACUUUUUAUUACAACCGAUGAGUUACGAGUUGAUAGUAUUCGCGAGAUUCUGUUGCGAAAUGAGAAUUUGGUGGAAUUCGUAGUAACUACUCGGAGACGCAUAGCGUACAGUACGCUGCACAAACUACAACAAACUCGACCGACUUGCGAGUUGACAUACCGCCAGCAGUGCAGUAUUUAGUAAAUCGGACGAGUAAACCAUCUAUUUUGUAUGUUGAUAAUCUAACUUAAUGUUUUUAUUAUUCUUUGAUGUUGAUUCUUUAUUUUGAUUUGUUAUUUGUACCAUGAUAAAUAUGUGGUACGUUAAAUACCGAUACGAAU